CACCACCGCGCGCGCCUGCCUCGUUCCUAUCGCCCCCCCAGCCUCCAAGCCAGCGUACGUACGUGCGCCCGGUCCACCACCGCCUCGCCCUCGCUACUGGCCACCGCGCGACCAACCCUCGCCGCGCGCAUCCCAUAUAAACCUCCCCCACCCCCGAGCCCUUCCCCUACCCGGCGGCGAAUCUCGGACCCAUGCUGCGCUGCCACACGCCGCCGCAAUGCCGCCCGGCGCCGCUCGGCCGGCGCGGGCUGCCGCGGGCGGCGGCGGAGGUCGUGCGCUGCGCCGCGCGGGGCUCCCGGCGGCUGCCGUCGCUGAUCGUGGCGUCGUCGUCGUCGGCGGAGGCGGCCGUGACUUGCGGCGAAAGCCUGGCGGAGCGGCUGCGUAUGGGGAGCCUCCUGGAGGACGGGCUGUCGUACAAGGAGAGCUUCAUCGUGCGCUGCUACGAGGUGGGGAUCAACAAGACGGCCACCGUUGAGACCAUCGCCAACCUCCUCCAGGAGGUAGGGUGUAACCAUGCACAAAGUGUUGGGUUCUCCACUGAUGGUUUCGCCACAACUACAACAAUGAGAGAACUUGGACUCAUUUGGGUUACGAAUCGAAUGCACAUUGAGAUCUACAAGUACCCCGCUUGGGGUGAUGUUGUUGAGAUUGAAACAUGGUGCCAAGCUGAUGGAAGGAUUGGUACUCGGCGUGAUUGGAUCAUUAAGGAUUUGGCUAGUGGUGAAGUUAUUGGAAGAGCUACCAGCAAGUGGCUCAUGAUGAACCAAAGUACACGCAGACUUCAAAGAGUCAGCGAUGAAGUCAGGGAUGAGGUUUUUGUCCACUGCCCAAAGACUCCAAGAUUAGCAUUCCCUGAGGAAAAUAAUGGUAGUUUGAAGAACAUUCCGAUUCUCACAGAUCCUGCACAGUACUCAAGGCUUGGGCUAGUGCCUAGAAGAGCUGAUCUGGAUAUGAACCAGCAUGUCAAUAAUGUCACUUACAUUGGUUGGGUCCUCGAAAGCAUACCUCAAGAUAUUAUCGAUACGCAUGAGUUGCAAACAAUCACUCUUGACUACAGAAGAGAGUGCCAGCAUGAUGACAUUGUCGACUCUCUUACUUACGUAGAGGAAGGAGAGGCGAAAAGUUCGAAUGGAUCUGCGUUUGCAGCACCACACCCACAAGAGCAGUGCCAGUUCUUGCACUGCUUGAGAUUUGCUGGGGGUGGGGGUGAGCUCAACCGCGGCCGUACCGUGUGGAGGAAACUAUCUAGAUAGAAAAUUAUAUGUAUUGCACAAAUGUAUUCUGCUCUUCCAUUCGUUUCAUCAUUUUGCUCUUUUUACCAGCUGGCUCAGCAUUACCGGAGAAUCGUUUGUACCCCAAAUUUUGUGAUAAAGCCAAUUUGUGACAGUUCGCUGGACCUCAGCUUGAGUUGUGCGGGUCAACUACACGUUCAUUUGGUACUGUAAUCUAUUGAAUGCCUCCUUGGUGCCCACAAGAGAGGUUCAAUUACAUUCAGUAGUAUGUAAUUUAGAUAAGCCUAUUGGUUCAGUGACAUUUUCGUAAAUCA